GAAGAAGGUGUUCCUCAAGGAUGUAUUUUGAGUGUGACUCUGUUCCUAAUUAAAAUUAGUAGCAUAGCUAAGUGUCUUCCUUUCAGUGUGAAACACUCUUUGUAUGUGGAUGACUUUCAGAUCUCCUGCCAGUCUAGCAACAUGAGUUUCAUUGAGAGACAACUGCAAACCUCCCUAAAUCGAAUAGACAAUUGGUCCAAGAUUAAUGGUUUUAGUUUCAACAUAGAGAAGACCUCGUGCAUCCACUUCUGCCGAAGGCGUGGUUUGCACCUGGAUCCUGAAAUAUAUUUAAAUGGGGUUAAAAUUCCAAUUGUGAAUGAGGCUAAGUUUUUGGGUGUUUGUUUUGACCAAAAACUGACAUUUUUGCCACACUUGCGCAAUCUGAAGAGUAGAUGUUUAAAAUCUCUUAACCUUAUAAAGGUAUUAAGCUGCUCAUCCUGGGGAGCAGACAAAGUUUCUAUGCUCAGGAUUUAUAGGGCCCUUGUUCGCUCUAAGCUGGACUAUGGGUGCAUUGUUUAUGGCUCUGCGCGAGAAUCUACUCUUCGGAUGCUGGAUCCAAUCCAUCAUCAAGCUUUGCGUUUGUGCACUGGUGCAUUCCGAACUUCCCCCGUCCAAAGUUUGUACGUGGAUGCUUAUGAGCCUCCACUGUCACUCAGGAGAGAACAGUUGUCUCUUUUUUAUUAUCUAAAACAGAAAUCUUAUACUAAACCUUCAGUUGAUUGUACAGUAUCAGAUACUCAGCUGAAAAGGUUAUUUGAAGCUCGCCCAAGCAGUGUCCCUACGUUCGUCAUAAGAAUGGAGAAUGUAAGCAGCACGAUCGACCUGAACAUAAGCAACGUUUCACAGGCCGAGAUUGAUAGUACGCCACCCUGGUCUACUCCUGUGAUAAAUGUUGACUUUAGCUUAAAGCAGUUUCCUAAGGAAUCAACUCCAGACUAUGUCUAUAAACAGCACUUUGCAGAAAUCCAACACAAUGAUAGGUAUUUAAUUCCCAUUUACACUGACGGUUCUAAAUCGGAUGAUUAUGUUGGCUCAGCCUUUGUCUGCCAGGAUGAAAUUGUGGCAGAGCAAAUUUCAUCGAAUUCAUCUAUUUUUACUGCAGAGCUGCAUGCUAUCCACUUAGCCUUAAACUAUGUAAUCAGAAAAGGUCAUUGUCGCUGUGUUAUUUACACUGACUCAGUUAGUGCACUUCAGGCUUUGAUCUCGUGUGAACCUAGUUCUCACUCUAUAGUGAUUAAAAUUCGUAAAUUGUUUAGCCAUCUUCUUGCAAGGAAUUUCUCUAUAAAAUUUUGUUGGGUCCCAGGCCAUGUUGGUAUAAGAGGAAAUGAAGAAGCAGAUGCAGCUGCAAAAUCAGCUAGUCCUCCACAGCACACAAUGCGUAUUGAAGGAGGUGAUUUCAAGCUAGUCAUUAAAAAACGACUAGCAGAGAGAUGGCAAAAUAUGUGGAACGCACAAGUCCACAAUAAACUGCAUGAGAUCAAACCUACGAUAGAAAAUUGGACACACAAGAAAUUUUAUAACAGGAGAUCUGAAGUUAUUAUUACUCGUUUGAGAAUUGGACAUACUCGGUUGACUCAUCAAUACCUUUUGAAGGGUGACGAGCAGCCAGUAUGCCAGUAUUGCAACUGUCCUCUUACUGUAAAACACAUACUGCUCGAUUGCUCUGUUUUUGAGACCAGGCGUAGGCAGCAUUUUGGAAAUGCAAAUUUUAAACAGAUUCUGGGUCAGAGGCCCAAUUUUUAUGAUAUAUUAGACUUUUUAAAAGUCAAUAAUUUGUGUAACUUUUUGUUCGUUCUUGUUUGUUAUUAA